AAUUGCACAGCGCAUGCGCAGCGCACCCUCAGCCGAACAGGGUCAGUGCUGUAAAGCUCGGGUUUGGGGCGUCAGGGCGACCUGGAGGAUGACAGAGGGCCCUGCUAGUUGGCUGUGACUGCCCAGCACAGCGGCAGCUAAGCCCCAUCCAUAGACCCAGAAUCCUGGCCGCCUCGAUGUUGUGACUCUUAAGUGGUGGUUCAGGAGGAGAACCGUCUUAUUCUAGGACUCAAUUCCUAGCCUGGCAGUGGUGGCACCCGCCUUUAAUCCCAGCACCUGGGAGGCAGAAGCAGCCGGAUUUCUGAGUUCGAGGCCAGAUUGAUCUACAGAAUUUAUUAUACAACUUUCUGCCUGUAUGUGUGCCUACAGGCCAGAAGAGGGCACCACAUCUCAUUAUAGAUGGUUAUGUGAUUGCUGGGAAUUGAACUCAGGACCUCUAGAAGAGCAGGCAGUUCUAGUAACCUCUGAGCCAUCUUUCCAGCCCCCAUAUUCCACUUCCUAACACAACUUCCUCACCAUUGGAGAAAGAUCACCAAGACCUGUAUUCUUUGUGGUUGUGAACAAAUUAUUUAGCCAGAUUGAGCCUCAGUUUUCCCAGCUAGAAAGUGGAACUAAUUAUUCAUAUCUACUGGGCUGUUCAUAAGCUAGGUAGUGUUAUCAUAUGAAGAAGACCAUGGCAGGAGAAGAGGACUAUAUGUCGGAUUCCUUCAUUAAUGUUCAAGAAGACGUCAGGCCUGGCGUGCCAAUGCUGAGGCAGAUCCGGGAAGCCCGUCGAAAAGAAGAAAAGCAACAGCAAGCUAAUCUGAGAAACAGGCAGAAGAGCAUAAAAGAAGAAGAACGGGAAAGGCGGGACACUGGGUUGAAGAAUGCACUUGGCUGUGAAAACAAAGGGUUCGCUUUGCUCCAAAAGAUGGGAUACAAGAGUGGGCAGGCUCUGGGCAAGAGCGGAGAUGGUAUUGUUGAACCAAUUCCUCUCAAUGUCAAAACAGGAAAAAGUGGCAUAGGUCACGAGUCAUUAUUAAAACGGAAAGCAGAGGAGAGGCUGGAAAACUACAGGAGAAAAAUUCACAUGAAGAACCAAAAUGAGGCAAACGCCACAGAGCAGUUUCGGAUGCGACUGAAGAGUAAGCAGGAGGAAAUGAGGCUUGAAGGAGACCUGAGAAGAAGCCGGCGAGCUUGCCAGCAACUGGAUGCCCAGAAGAAUAUUCAGGUUCCCAAGGAGGCAUGGUACUGGAUGAGGCCUGAAGAGGAGGCUGAGGAGGAAGAAGAGGAAAAGGAAGAACAGGAUGAGGAUGAGUGCCCAAGUGAAGAUUUGAGUGUGCCAGAAAAACUGCAGAUCCUCACUGGCUACCUGCGAGAGGAACACCUGUACUGCAUCUGGUGUGGGACAGCCUACGAAGAUAAAGAAGACUUAUCUUCGAAUUGUCCAGGACCAACCUCUGCAGAUCAUGACUGAGACUGUUCCCAAUAAAGUAAAAUUGUUUAUGUGUGUGGAGAAAGAA